GCGACUGACCUCCUUCCAUAUUUUAUACUUCCGUUCCGUAGCGUCUGGUAUAAUAUUUUGUUCGCCAUUAACUUAUUCAGACAGCCAUGGCAAUAUCCAACUCCACAAUACAAGAGAUAGAUUUGAGUUUUCAGGGGAAGGGUUUGGAAGAAACAAGCGAUUUCUUCCAGCGGAAAUGCAGUUCUUGUUCAGAGGAACAGUUAGCCUUCAACGGAGAAGCAAAGGCCGGAAUCGACUUUGAACAGAAUGUUGAUGAUGCAAUGCAGUUAGAUUCUGGCCAGCCUGCAGCUUCCCCUAGCAGAUCUGGUCCCCUUGAUUCCGAACUUAAUUACAAACCGAAAGACGUAUUGUACAAUGAAGUUGAUCGCUGCAAAGGUGAAUCUAUAACAAAAUCUCCCUGCAACAAUGGCGGAGAAACACAAACUUCUGCUGAUCAUGCACAGGAGUCCCUUCUUACAGUAGAUGACAGCAAUGCCGGCAACGUUAACGAUGAUACGAAGCUGGAUACAACGGGAGUUGCAUCUUCCGGGGAACAAGUUGGAUACAGUACUGAUCAAGGUUCUCCUAACGUCAACAACUCACUGUCCACCAAUGAAGCUGUCCAAGGAAAUUCGAUGGCACGUAAGGAUAGACGACCUCGGUCGCCUGGAACGUCGUGUAAUGAAGGUAAGGAAGCUGGUAGUGAUCAGCAUCAUUUGUGUAGCUCCACUGCAAGAAUAACACCGGCUUCCCCAAAGAGGUUAAAUCAUAAGCAUAGUUCUUCUGCAUCACCGCAAGUACACAACUCACCAAACAAGCAUAGCAGACAUGGGCGUUCGAGGUCAAGAUCACCCAUUAAGCAAAGGGACUCCAGUUCUGUGCACAGGAGAGAUCGGCGAAGCAGGUCUCGAUCAAGAUCUCCUAGAACAAGGCAUUCGCCGAGGAGACGAUCUCCUACUUCAGGACGUUAUCACUCUAGCCGCUACUCUCCUCUUCGGAGAUCUUGGGUACCUCCUCCCAACAGGAGAACCGGAUUUGGAAAGCCUGGAAAUAACUUGUUCAUUGCAGGGUUUAGCUUUUUGACAACAGAAAGAGAUUUGGAAAGGAAGUUCUCUAGGUUCGGACGCGUGCGUGAUGUUCGUAUCGUGCGUGACAGAAGGUCUGGAGAUUCUCGAGGAUUCGGGUUCUUAUCUUUGGAAAGGGAUGAAGAAGCAGAUGCUGCAAUUAAGGCUCUUGAUGAAACAGAAUGGAACGGUCGGAUUAUUCUCGUGGAGAAAUCAAAGUCCCAUUGAAGCUCCGAUACUGAUGUUGUUCCCUUUAUCUGGUGAUAUACUUCUGGCAUUUCAUUCUUCUAUUUCAGACAUAUGUUGAUUUUAUGAUAGGCAUGUCGAUCUCUUCCCAUUGUAACUUGAAAAAAAGCAGCUAACAUAAGGAGAUGGUAUCAUGGUUUUGCUUCUGGUUGUGAAGGUUUCAACGGAAUUUGAAACACAUUAGGUCAUUCUCAUUGGUUAAUCAAUGGUCAAAACUAGCAUUCUUUGUUUAAGAUUCAUUCCAAAGG